AGCUACCUACAGGGGCCAAAUCAAAACAAGCCUGCACCUCAGCUACACACUUUUUGUAGGGUCAAGACCAUCACUAUGAGCCAGCUGGGGUUACGGUAAGGUGCACAGGAGCUUCUCUGGCAGGCAGGCUUGUUCAAUCUGAACACUCAUCCCACCCAGGCAGGAGCUUACUACAGACGUAAGACGUACAGACUAGCAUCUUAUCUGGGGUGAGAGAACAGCCUUAAGUACAGUCUGAAACAAAUGGCCUCCACAAAUGAAGAGGAUAAGGACCCUGACAUUGAGCUGUUUGUAAAGGCAGGCAGUGAUGGAGAGAGCAUUGGGAACUGCCCGUUCUCUCAAAGGCUCUUCAUGAUCCUGUGGCUGAAGGGAGUGGUGUUUAAUGUCACUACUGUAGAUCUGAAAAGAAAACCGGCUGAUCUCCAUAAUCUGGCCCCAGGAACACACCCACCCUUCCUCACCUUCAAUGGAGAAGUACGGACUGACGUCAACAAGAUCGAGGAGUUCCUAGAGGAGAUGCUAGCGCCACCAAAGUAUCCCAAACUAGCUGCAAAGAACAGGGAGUCAAACACGGCAGGAAAUGACAUCUUUGCUAAGUUCUCUGCGUAUGUUAAGAACACAAAGCCUGAGGCUAAUGCCAGCCUUGAGAAGGGCCUGUUGAAAGCCUUGAGAAAACUAGACAACUUCCUCAACUCCCCUCUACCUGAAGAGAUUGAUGCAGACAGCAUGGAAGAGGAAAAGUGCUCCACUCGCAAAUACCUGGAUGGCAACGAAUUAACACUAGCAGACUGCAACCUCCUCCCUAAACUGCAUGUUGUCAAGGUUGUUUCCAAGAAAUACCGUAACUUUGACAUCCCAACAGAGUUCACUGGAGUGUGGCGCUAUCUACAGAAUGCCUAUGCACGGGAUGAGUUCAUCAACACAUGUGCAGCAGACAAGGAGAUAGAGCUGGCCUACCAGGAUGUAGCCAGGAGACUGGCCAAAUGACACCUUAACCGGAUCAUACUUCAAUUAUUCAAUCAUUUUCGUAGACAAAACUACAGUAAGACUCCUCUGGCUUUGAAAGAAGGUGUUGUGUUUAAGAUUCACUCUUCUGUCAGGAGGGAUUUUGGAGUUAUCAGCUUUAUUUUGUGUGUUGCCUUCAGGACUCCAUAUUGGAUUGGUCCUUUAAAUGCCCUAGAUAGACUGUUGCCUGGUCUAACGCUGCCUGUGUACACUUUGCAUGCUGUUGCCAUUUUAUUCCCCUUAUGCAAGUGGCAUGAAUUUGUCUUAUCAGCAACUCUGUAAUGGGCUUGAGAAUACACUGUGCCACUGAAAUCAUUUAAAUAUCUACUCUUAUCAUGCACUGCAGACUGUUUCAGGCAGGGCCAUUUCUGAAACAUAUGGGACUCUAAGCGACAUCUUACUUGUUGGACCCCCACCCUAAUCAUGUUAUUCUGUGUUGGAAAACCUGAUUUAAAAAAGACGUACUCAUUUGGCCUUGUGGUGGCUGUUUCAGGGCCUUAAAGUGAACGUUUUACCACUUGAGAAAUGGCCCUGGUUUCAGACUAUACAUAUAUUUGAGUUUCUAUUGCUGCUACUCUAUUCUACUUUCCUAUACUCAGUCAAAUCAGCAAUGUUGAAUGAAACAAUGUUCUCCAGUGUCUGGUUUAAGUGUGUGCAAGUAAACUGGACUCAACUGAACAGUUUUUUAGUUCAGUGCUGGGGAAUCUGCUCACAUCAUGAAGAAAAAUGUGUUGUAUCAUGUCCUUAGACCAUAAGUGUUUUGCAUAUGUGCAGUUUGGUCUUCACUUGUUUCUGUUGUGUUUCCUUGCAGUGUUCUGGGAACCUUUAUAUGAGAUCAGAAUGUAUUUUGUUUAAAGUGAAUGUAUCCUAAAGCUGAUACUUGCUAUUUAAUGUGCUUAAUCUCAUGUGCUGAACAGUAUUGGAUUUUGAGACUGAACUCUCACUAAGCUCAACUGUGUAAACUACAAUCAGGCAAAGAUUUGUGCAGGUCUACUUGGGAAAAGUCAAACAGUAUAGACAACCAAACAGCAUCAUCUAGUGGUGGAAAAAGUGUAAAGUUAGGUUCUCUAAGUGCAGAAUGUCCUCAUGUUUCUCAAAGGUUAUGAGGUUCAUCAUUAGCCAUAUUGUAAGCAAUCAGAUUGUGCAUUGCAUAAUCAAGAAUGAGACAGCUAAAAGCAUGAUUUUACAAUAAUGUCAAUUGUUCAUGUCCAGUCGUGUACUAAACCACUUGUGAAUUAACUGACGUUUGGGUGUACAUGGUAGUGCAAGAUCUAAUAUUUAUGAUAUAACCCAAAUGACUGAUUGAACUCAUUAUUGGAUAUUUCUCAGGUAUUUCUGUACCUUAAUGAUUCUGCUAAUGUAGUUCAACUCAAUCCUCUUCAAAUCGCAAAUAAAUCUAUUUUUUUAUGCUG